AUGUCGACUGUUAUUGUAUUUGGGCCUACUGGCAAUAUCGGUUCCGUCGCUGCAAGGACUGCCCAAGAGCAUGGGGUUAAGGUCGUCCUGGCAAUGCGAGACCCGAAGAAGGCCAUUCCCGGUCUAAGCUCACAGCAAGAACAAGCAGGCGGCUUUGAAAGAGUUCAAGCCGAUCUAACAGACGCCGACUCUGUCGCCGCAGCCGUCAAGACAUCCGGAGCUAAACGAGCCUUCAUCUAUGCUGCCUUCGGCUCUCCAGACAAUAUGAAGUCCGCUCUUGUCGCCCUUAAAUCCUCCGGUAUUAAAUUCGUCGUUUUCCUGAGCAGCUACACCAUCUCUGGGGAGCUCAAGGAUGUCGAACCCCACGAUCUCAUCCCUUACCGCCACGCCCAAGUGGAACUAAAUCUCGACGAGGUCUUCGGCCCUGAAAACUACGUCGCCGUGCGUCCUGGAAGUUUCGUCACAAACAUACUGCGCUAUAAGAGCGGUAUCGCAGCUGGUGAGGUGAAACUCCACACGCCGAAUUCCAAGCUCGAUUGCAUCACGCCUGUUGAUAUGGGUCGUGUCAGUGGAAUCAUUCUUGCGCAAGGACCGAAGAAUGGGCAGCGUAAGGUCUAUCUCUAUGGCCCCCAGAUGCUCUCGAUGUCAGACGCUAUUCAGACUAUUGCGAAGAUUUUGGGCAAGAAUGUCAACAUUACAAGUAUCAAUGCCCAAGAGGCUCUUGAGCAGUAUCUCAGUUCUGGUGUGCCUAAGCCGAUGGGGGAGUAUAUGAUUCGGAGAUUUGGAAAUGACGAUACAAGGAUUGCGCGUUCGCAUUACGAGGAGGGUAUUAAGAACGUGCAGCUUUAUACGGGAACACCUCCUACUGGUUUUGAGGAAUGGGUGGCUGCGAACAAGGAUCUGUUCAACGUGUGA